UCCGUCCACAUCCACUUGCGUUUUUUGCGCCCUGCGAGCGGGAGAGCAGCAAUGUGAAACGGGAGCACAACAAAUACCGCCCACUACCACUACCAAUUCCCAUAUUCCCAUAUUCCGUGCUACUCCCAGCUCAGUUCGUGUCGUGUGAUCAAAGCUUUCGGUAAGGCUUCGGCUCCGCUUUGUGUAUCCACCUUAGGGGCUCUCUGCGGCGCUCGUUCUGCCUCUCACUCUCUCCCUCUCUCUCGUUUUUGGGGCUCAGCUCAGGGACAACAAAUGCGGUAAAAUGGCUUCUGCGUCGACGUCGACAUCCCUGCCGUUUCAGUUCUGAUUGGAGGUUCGUGCGCGGCGUUUCCUCAGCUGAUUUCGUUGCCUUUUGCCUUUUCGCAAUCCGCUUUCGGCUCCGUGUUCGCCUCGGUUGCCAAUUACGUGUAACCAACAACAACAACAGAAGAAACAGAAACAAAAACAACAAGUGCUCUCGAGUGUUGCAAGCCUUCUUCCGCCGAAGAAACCGCAAAACGGAUUACCAAGAAUCUACGUAGAAUUGCACGCUCUGGAAUAUAUGUUAUAGCAGCUGUCAGGCCCCAAGGAGUAAGAAUCCCAGCCCAGGACAACGAAAGGACCUUUGAUGCACACAGGGCAACCGAACCGCCCCACUUGCAUGAGGACAUAGACCGCGAUCGCACACUCACUCGCACAUCGCAUAGUGACGCAACCACAGCCUCCCAAUGAAGAUGGCAUCUCAACGCUUCUGCCUGCGGUGGAACAACCACCAGAGCAACCUCCUCUCCGUCUUCGACCAGCUGUUGCACGCAGAAACCUUCACAGAUGUGACGCUGGCCGUCGAGGGGCAAUACCUGAAGGCACACAAGAUGGUGCUAUCCGCCUGCAGUCCCUACUUCAAUGCGCUCUUUGUAAAUCACCCGGAAAAGCACCCGAUUGUCAUACUUAAGGAUGUGCCCUACUCGGACAUGAAGUCGUUGCUAGACUUCAUGUACAGGGGCGAGGUCUCAGUGGACCAGGAGCGACUCACUGCAUUCCUGCGCGUGGCCGAGAGCCUGCGCAUCAAGGGCCUCACCGAGGUCAACGACGAUAAGCCCUCGCCGGCAGCAGCAGCUACAGGAGCGGGCGCGGCGGGCUCUGAGAGCACACCCACUCCUCCCCAGCUGCAGCGCAUCCAGCCGUAUUUGGUGCCCCAGCGGAAUCGCUCGCAGGCCGGCGGUCUGCUGGCCAGUGCCGCCAACGCCGGAAACACGCCCACCCUGCCGGUGCAGCCAUCGCUACUCAGCUCGGCCCUGAUGCCCAAGCGAAAGAGGGGCAGACCACGGAAGCUAUCUGGCAGCUCGAACGGCACGGGGAACGACUACGACGACUUCGAUCGCGAGAACAUGAUGAACGACUCCUCCGAUCUGGGCAAUGGUAAACUGGGCAACGAGUCCUACUCUGGCAAUGACGAUGGAUCCGACGACAAUCAGCCGACUGCAGGACACACGGAUGAUCUAAAUGAAAGUCGCGAUUCUCUGCCCUCGAAACGAUCAAAGAACUCCAAGGAUCACCGCGUAGUGAGCCAGCAUGAAGACAACAGCACUUCCGACGGAAACGACAGCGACGGCGAAGGUCUGGACACAUCAUAUAUGGAACCCCAACUUAUGCUGGACGAAUAUGACGAGCCCGUAGAGUUCAAGUACAACCCGCUCACCGACAACAGCUCACCCACGCAGGACCAAACGGAUGGCAGCCACCUCAACGAGCAGGCGCGCCAACAAGCCUUCCUCAUCGCUGCCCAACGGAAGCACCAGGCGGAUACAGCAGCAGCGGCGGCGGCGGGCGGCGGACUCAAGCUUAAUAUUAUCGGAAUGGCGGCUGGUGGGGCGCAGGUUAAAAGCAUGGUCAGCAUACCCAAACUGACGCCCAUUGGCAAGGUCAACGCCGCCUCCACGCCACUGGUCUCGCCUGCCGGCUCAUUUUCCACGGCCUCGGUCAAGCCGCGCGUCCAAAAACGGCCAAAACUGGCCAAACAGAACGGCGAUGUAAAGCCGGCUGUGUUCUCCAGCCAGGAAUACCUCGACAUUUACAACAGCAACGACGGAUUCAAGUUAAAGGCCGCUGGUUUGAGCGGAAGCACGCCGAACCUGAGUGCUGGACUGGGAACUCCCUCCGUGAAGACCAAGCUGAAUCUGAGCAGCAAUGUGGGCGAGGGCGAGGCGGAGGGCUCAGUGAGGGACUACUGCACCAAAGAGGGCGAGCAUACGUACCGCUGCAAAGUCUGCUCCCGCGUCUACACGCACAUCAGCAACUUCUGCCGGCACUAUGUUACCUCCCACAAGCGAAAUGUGAAAGUGUACCCGUGUCCCUUCUGCUUUAAGGAGUUUACGCGCAAGGACAACAUGACGGCGCACGUGAAGAUCAUCCACAAAAUCGAGAAUCCCUCGACGGCGUUGGCCACAGUGGCGGCAGCGAAUUUAGCAGGCCAGCCACUGGGAAUUUCGGGUGCCUCGACGCCUCCGCCGCCGGAUCUGAGUGGUCAGAACUCAAAUCAGUCGCUGCCAGCCACCAGCAAUGCGCUAUCCACCUCCUCCUCCUCGUCGACGUCCUCGUCCAGCGGAUCCCUGGGUCCGAUGACGGCCUCCUCAGCACCGCCAGCACCAGCAGCUGCGGCGCAGUAAUCUCUAGACACCUCACACCAAGCCCAAAAAAGCACACACUCAAAGAAAUAGUGAAGGUUGAGGCACCCGCUAACGAUUGGAUGAAGCAUGUUGCAGCGCCAGGCGCUCGGAUUUUUUCGGGAUUUUGUUGUUGUUGGGGGGAGGGAAGUUAAAGUAGAUUUUUGUUGAUUUUGUUUUUAGUUUUUUACUUGGCUUCGAUGGAGCUGCAGAAAUCUCCAAGCCAGCAGACGUUUUUAUGUUGUGCAAUUUACCUUUUCAGUUACAAUUACAAUUACACUUAUUUUCUAAAGCCCUUUUCAAAGACCCGAUGAGAACACAAUGCUAAUUUAAUCCUACCAACUACCCUUAAGAUUUACGAUUAUUAUUUAUCCCCGAUCGCCGACCACUUGUCGAUCGUUUUUUAUUAGCGCGUAGUCAAAGGCUAACACUUUUCAAACCCAUCCAUUAGGGGUUGCCUUUUUAUUGGACACCAGAGCGGCCUUAUAUGAGUGUAUCCGGGCAAGAGUUACACUAAAAACCGAAACUAAACCUGCACUUUUAGAUAAUUAAACUAUAUAUACACACACGGAUAUGUUAUACAUAAUUAUAUAAAUAAUAUAUAUAAACAUUGAAUGGUAUGUCUAGCUGUAGUUCUAUUAAUUAAUUUAUCAAUAUCACUAUGUUCGAUAUGCUAAUGUUAAUGCUAUACAAUUAUUACAAGCCGAAAUCUGAGAAACGGAAACAGAAGCAGGAGAAUCAAUGUAAUGUUAAUCAUGCGAGAGGGAGCGCAGAUCUACCUUGUUGCCUUCAAAUGAAGCUAGUUAAAAGUUAAUCCCGGGUCUGGGUCAAGGUCGUUGGGCCCCCAGCACCCGUACACACCCUCACCCACACCGUUACCCCCCCCGUAACAUCCGAAACCCGGCGAAAGAUUGAAAAUGUUUCGCCGGGGUCGUCGAUAAAGUGUAACUACAGAUAGUAACAGCAACCAUAGUUGUAAUGAUAACGCUAAUAUUAAUGAGCAUAAAGUAAACCUAAUUUAUCUAUCAAACGAUUUAUGUUGUAUAUCGGAGGCUUAAAUUAUCGCCAAAGAAAAUGAAAAUCAAAAACAAAACAAAACAAAAAGCAGUUGAAUUCCAACAGUAACAACACAGAGCAGUCGCAGCAGACCACAGAAAACAGAGUGUAAAAUUGCAAGAUAUUGUUGUUAAUGCGAAACGAUCUCCAAACAAAAUAAAGAACUUGAAAAGUAGACAACACGUAAUUCCUCAGUCAAGUAAAACGUUCAAAUUUGUUGCAAUUCGAGAACUAAGAGACAUGAGAAACAUUCAAAAAAUUAUUAUAAUAUUAACUGCAAGCAACUGACAGGAACAGAAACAGAAAAAGAAAACAAAUUGAAACAAAAUUAAGCGCAAUCAAAUAAUAAACAAGCUGCGUACGCUAACUUAUUAAAUAAUUUUGUUUUUAAUUCUUUAUUUAGUGGUAGCUAGUGCAAUUUAGUUAGUAAGCCGCCGUCUCCCAAACACAGACUAACAUCAAAUAUCGCAAAUAUCGCAAAUAUAUUUCCACCCAAAACGAUCCAAUCUUCCAAACUUCUCUUUUGGCGUUAAUUUUAAACAAUCAAUCAAACAGGUCAUGCAUAUUUAUUUGUAUGUGUAUUGUUUGUACUAUAUUUUACUUUAUUUUUAGUCUACUUUUUUAUAUGAAUAUAUAUUUACAUAUAUUUUUGCAUUCAACAACUAUAAACCUUCAGCAAUUUUCUCGCUUUCAAACAAAAAUGUCCAAACUCGAAACCUGAACGAGGAAUAUAGCUACAUAUAUAGAGUCAUGCUUUGAUGCCCAAAGAAAAUGAAAGAUAAGAAUGAGAAUGAGAAUGAGAGAAUCGUAAUGCAAGGCAAAACUUCCAUGUGAAAAUGAGAAAAUUGUCUGGAAAUUGUUGGUAAACAUGGUUUCCGUUUAAAUUAGCUAAUUACGAAACACACACUUUACGAUAUAUCAUACGAUACGAUACGUUAAACAUAAUUACUAAAUAGUGAAAUAGUGAAUCACACGCAAUAUUAAUCAAGCAGAUCAUUUAUAUUAUCGUUUAAAACUGACCAACAGAAGAAAAAUAAAAUACACAAUGCAAAAAACACUCGAAACAAAAUCAGUUCUGAAACACAAAA